GUUUAUGGUGCGAUGAUUGAAUCCAACGUGAGUCGGAGUUGCGCGUGGUGCGCUUUGGGAAGUGACGGGACCAACGAGCGCUUGGACGAGAGUCAUUCAGAGCACAGUCUCAGCCCGACGGGACACUUGGUGGUCGCCGUGUGUCUCGGAUUCAUCGGAACUUUCGGGUUUCUCAACAACACGCUCGUCCUCGUUAUUUUUUGUCGCUACAAAGUGCUGCGCUCGCCCAUGAACUGUUUUUUGGUGAGCAUUUCGGUGAGUGAUCUGCUGGUGUGCGUCCUGGGCACUCCGUUCAGCUUCGCCGCGAGCACGCAGGGACGAUGGCUCAUCGGUCAAGCGGGAUGCGUGUGGUAUGGCUUCGCCAAUUCAUUCCUGGGUGUUGUAUCUCUCAUUUCUCUGGCAGUGCUUUCUUACGAACGCUACUGCACUAUGAUGGGGGCAACACAGGCUGAUUCUAGCAAUUACAGAAAGGUCGCCAUGGGUAUUGCUUUCUCCUGGAUAUAUUCCAUGGUGUGGACCAUACCUCCGCUGUUUGGAUGGAGUCGCUACGGUCCAGAGGGUCCCGGCACCACCUGCAGCGUCAACUGGACCGCCAAGACAGCGAACAAUGUGUCUUACAUUGUUUGUCUGUUUAUCUUUUGCCUUAUUCUUCCUUUCGCCGUAAUUGUGUACAGCUACGGCCGGCUCCUUCAGGCUAUCACGCAGGUGAGCCGGAUCACUACGGUAGUGAGUCGUAAGCGGGAGCAGCGAGUGCUUUUCAUGGUGGUCACCAUGGUGGUGUGUUACCUGCUGUGCUGGUUGCCCUAUGGGAUUAUGGCCCUGAUGGCCACAUUUGGACGGCCUGGUCUGAUCACACCUGCAGCCAGCAUCGUUCCUUCUGUCUUAGCCAAGACCAGCACUGUCAUAAACCCCAUCAUCUAUAUCUUCAUGAACAAACAGUUUUGCAGAUGUUUCCACGCACUUCUCAGGUGCACCACCCCGGAGAGAGGUUCCAGCUUCAAAAAUUCCUCCAAAGUCACCAGAACUCUUAGGACGGUGCGGCGUGCCAACGGGAAGAAUGUGAACUUCGCUGUAGCCUCCACCGUUCAACCUAGUAUCUGUGCUCCAUACAGCGGCGGGCACAAAAGUACCUCAGAGGAUGGCAAACCCUUUCCCGCUACAGGCCAAGAGACCACCAGACCGGUCGUGUCUCUCGUGGCAUAUUACAAUGGCUAACGUUUUACAGCCAAGCAAACAUCACCAAACCCCACUAAAACAUUGAAAAAUGCAAGAACAGUGGAAUACUGUAAACGGUGGAAAAAAUGAAUACACACCGAGGUGAACAACAGAUGAGGUGCAGUAAAAUAAAGAGAGCUGGGCGUGAGAUCUGAAAAACUAAAACUGUAUAUCGAGUGUUAACUGAAAGAUGUCACUAUUCAAACCAGGGGUCAUGGAUCAAUUUGAUAUUGUUGUUUGUUAAAAGUGAUCUCUGGCCAAAUAUGUAUUACUCCCCCUCAAGUAGUUUAACAUCUGUAUGACCUCCAUUUUUUUCCCCAAAAUGCUAAUUUAGGUUGUUUCAAUUAAUGGCAGAGUUUUCAUUUUUGGCCGGAGUUCCCCUUUAAGUGUCCAGAAUGUGAUUUGUGUUUAGGUUCUCUCUCUCUGUGAAAUGAAACAUGAGCUUAUUUAAAUGCCGAAAGCACAUGAAGCCAUUUUUUUAAUGUUGCCAAAAUGUACGUUCAAGGGUAGCCAUAAAUACACUUUUUAAAAAUGUAUAUGUAUGCUCUUAAAUUAUAUUUUACCGUAGCAAUGUUUAUUUUAACGUAACAUUGUUUGCCGUUGAAUUAAAAAUCAAGAAUAUUCCAAUGUUAUUACCAACAAGAUUUUCAGGUGUAAAUCACAAAUCAUAUAUUUGUAAUAUGCAAUGUAUUUGGUAUUUGGGGAAAAAAAGCUUUUAUGAACUAUAGCACAAUGAUGUCGAAGCCAAAACCUGUGAAUUAAGUUCACGUGUGUAUACAGUUAUAGUGCUUGUAUAUAAAGUGUUAUGUUUUAUGUCUGUUAGUUGAACUGUCAUUACAUUUGUUUGUCAUUAAAAUAACAGAACUCUUAGCUAUGAGCAGACUGCUGAUUCCGGCAUACUUGAAUAAUGUGGGAUUGGGGCUGGAGGUCAACUGGUCCCUUUUUACUGAUGCAGCUGCAUCCACAAUCAAACAGAGAAAAGGAGUGUUUGAACUCUGGAAAUGAAUCACUUGAGACAUACUGGAAAAUGUGAUGCAUUUGUAAAUACAAGAAGGAACAUUUUGAUAACUUAUGUAAAGCUUCAC